AUGCAACUAAUACAUGUCAUCCGCACACUUGUAAAAAAUAUGAUAGCCCCAAAUCUCCUCCACCGUUCCUCUACAACUCCGAUAAUUACAAUGUAUAUACAAGCAUGCAAUGCAAAUGCAACCAUUUUCUACCCUCUCCCUCGCACCGGACUUGUUUUUCUGAUAUUUUCUCAACCUCCGAAUCCCUCCUGUCCAUCUUCUCUUCUUUAUUUCCCUAUAUUUAGAAUUUGCUUUACUCUUUUGGGAUUGGGAUGAGAGAGACAGGAGGGGGCACAAUGUUCGCUGAGGCUGAUAGCAUUCCAAGAGGCAAGUUUGGCAACAGUGCGCAUUCUGAUCCUAACAUUUCCAUGACUGCUCCUGUAAAUGAAGAUGAUUUGGGUAUGAGUUACAGCAGCGCAUCCGCUGCAGGCCUUGCCUUUUAUGAAAGCAACAGGUUGAGUGGCGAAGGCUCACCCUUGACUAUGUCACCAUGGAACCAAACCACUCCUUUCAAAAAGUCUUCAUGGACCUCUUUCGACGAAGACAACAUGCCAGCGAAUAGUCUGAUCGGCUCGCUUAUACGUGAAGAGGGCCAUAUUUAUUCCUUAGCAGCCACAAAGGAUCUCCUUUACACUGGCUCUGAUAGCAAGAACAUUCGUGUGUGGAAGAAUCUUAAAGAAUUUUCUGGCUUCAAAUCAAACAGUGGGUUGGUUAAGGCCAUUGUGAUAUCCGGUGAAAAGAUUUUUACUGGUCAUCAAGAUGGGAAGAUUCGCGUUUGGAAAAUCUCUCCUAAGAACCCUAGCGUUCAUAAACGAGCUGGAACUUUGCCAACUCUCAAAGAUAUCCUUAAAAGUUCCAUUAAACCAAAAAAUUACGUGGAAGUGAAACGUAAGCGCUCUUUAUGGCUCAAACACUCGGAUGCGGUGUCGUGUUUGAGCAUGAACGAGGAACAAGGUCUUCUUUACUCUGCUUCAUGGGACAGAACCUUCAAAGUUUGGAGAAUCUCUGAUUCCAAAUGUCUUGAAUCAAUUCAUGCACACGAGGACGCUGUUAACUCUGUCGUUUCGAGCUUGGGAGGAAUGGUUUUUACUGGGUCAGCAGAUGGAACCGUCAAAGUGUGGAAAAGGGAACAGCAGCGGAAAGGAACAAAGCAUACAUUAGCUCAAACUCUUUUACAACAAGAAUGUGCGGUUACAGCGUUAGCAAUCAACACCCCUGGUUCAAUAGUGUAUUGUGGCUCCAGUGACGGUCUGGUCAAUUUCUGGGAACUUGAAAAGCAAUUAUCCCACGGCGGGCUCCUUAAAGGACACAAGAUGGCGGUUCUUUGCCUUGAGGCAACAGGGAAUUUGGUGUUUAGCGGAUCAGCUGAUAAGACUAUAUGUGUUUGGCGUAGGGAUGGCAACAUCCACACAUGCCUUUCGGUGCUAACAGGGCACACGGGGCCAGUGAAGUGCUUGGCUGCCGAUAAGGACCAGGAACCAGGGAAUGAACAGCGGUGGAUUGUUUACAGCGGAAGCCUUGAUAAGUCCGUGAAGGUAUGGAGCGUUUCGGAGUUUGCUCAGGUGGCAACGGUACAGCAGAAUCAGCAGCAGGGGAGCUAUGAUAGGGAGUCUGUCCCAUCUGAUGGGAGCCACUCGUCCACCAGCAGAGCCAGCCAGAACUGGAGGAACUGAUCCCAAUGAAUUCCGGGUCUUCCAUUUUGAGAUACUGAUACAAUCUUUUGAUGCCACGUGCACAUGAUUUGUAAUAAAAAUUUGUUAUGUUUGACACGUGGAAUUGAGGGGGAGCAGGUCUGUGGCUGGGGUUUGCAUGACAGAGAGGGGAGGGAUCAUUUUAG